ACACCACUGCGCUCACAUCCCAACUUUUGCAGCAAAAGUUUCACCAUCCAGACUUCUCUGGCAUCCAGCUCAACAAGCAACCCCAUCGCUGUUCCUUUCGUUUUCUUUCUUAUCUUUUAUGCCAUCUAUGGCAGAGAAGUCCAAGCUGCUGAAUGUCAAUUCAGCCGAAGCCAGCUGGCACCUUACGGCUCACUCGUCCAGAAGGCGAACGGUCGUGUCGCUCUGGACAGCUGUAGCCGCACUAUCAUGCGCUUACCUCGUCUUUAACACUUUCGUUACUGGAGACAAUGAUGUCCUUGCCGCUCUAAGGCUAGGAAAGGGAAAGAAACAUCAGCCGCACUCGCAUGACAUCUGUCUCACCCCAGAAUGCGUCCACGCCAGCAGCGAGAUUCUGUACAAUCUUUCACCAGACUAUGAGUCUAUUGACGCAUGCACCGAUUUUGAGGAGCUUGUCUGUGGCGGAUGGAAAGAACGUCAUGAUCUUCGUCCCGAUCAAGGUGAUGCAUUCACUGGUACUAUCAUGGCUGAGAACUCUCAAAUGCUGCUUCGCCAUAUCUUGGAAGCGCCAUAUCCAAAGGACUCAGCGCAUUCAUACUUCUCGCCCAUGCAGCUGGCGGGUACCGCAAGAGGACCGGAUGAAUCCAACUUCAACAAGAUGAAAGCAGCUUACGAUGCUUGCAUGGACGAAACAACAAUACAAAAGGAUGGAGCAAAGCCGCUGAUUGAGAUCAUCAACCAUGUCAAGGAGCUUUAUCCCGUGUCGAUUUCAGAUGUCAAUAUGAAGGACGAGCGUCUGCAGACAGCCAUUUCUUACUUGUAUGAGCUUGGAAUCACUGCUAUCAUUGCACCAUACACUGGAGCAGAUGAUAAAGACCCAGACACGGUCGUUGUAGCUAUUACACCGCCAGGUAGAAUUGGCCUGCCAGCAAAAGAGCUGUACGAGGACGAAAAGAUUGUUGAAAAGUACAAAGCUGUCAUAUCAGAUGUUUUUAGCGGUCUAUUCUCAGGGCUCGAUAUCGAGUCUGUGGGCGACGAUGUUGCUGAGUUUGAAAAAAAGCUAGCUGCUGCUGCACCGAAAGAGGAGGAUGCUAAUGAUGUCACCAAGUACUACAACCCAAUGUCUCUUAUGGAGGCCAGUGACCUACUGCCGCAAGUAGGGCUUGCGACAAUCGUGGAAAAGCUUGCUCCCAAGGAUGUCAAGGUUGAUCGUGUGAUCAAUAUGUCACCUUCAUACAUGAACAAGACAGCGGCUACACUGGAUAAUACCGAUUCCAGAGUCUUGCAAAAUUAUCUGGUCUGGAAGGCCGUCCAAGCUCUGUACCCAUAUGUUGACUCGGAUGCUGUGACUCCAUACAAACGUUUUGUUAAUGAGCUUCAAGGCAGGGAUCCUGAUUCUGCUCCUGAAAGAUGGCGGACGUGCGUCAGGCACGUUGACGAUGGCCUUGGUUGGAUUCUCAGCCGGUUUUUUGUCGAGAAGGCCUUCUCAGCCAAGGCUAAAGAAUUUGGCGAUCAGAUUGUCACAGACAUCAAAAACGAAUUCAUCAAGAAACUUCGGGCAACAAAAUGGAUGGAAAAGAAAGUCCAAAACCUGGCAAUUGAUAAGGUUCACAACAUUAUCCAGAAGAUUGGUUAUCCGACAAAGAGUCCAGAUAUUAUGGACCCGGAAGCGCUGGAAAACUACUAUCACACGGUCACUAUAAAUCCGUCAACCUAUUUCGCAAACGCGUUGGCCAUGAGUAGACUGGAGAUCAACAACAUGUGGUCGGCGCUUGGUAAACCGGUCGACAGGGAGAAGUGGGAUAUGUCUGUGCCCACCGUCAAUGCUUACUAUAAUCCACCAGGAAACGAGAUUGUUUUCCCAGCUGGAAUAAUGCAGUUUCCUGUGUUUGACGUCAACGUGCCUCAGUAUUUGAGCUAUGGGGCAUUCGCUAGCGUUGCCGGUCACGAACUGAGCCACGCAUUUGACUCGACGGGCAGACACUAUGACCAAAACGGCAACUACACUGACUGGUGGACCGAUGCCACCGUCCAGGAGUUUACGAAACGAGCUGAUUGCUUCAUAAAUCAAUAUUCGAACUUUACUAUCCCUGGACCCGACGAUAGACCGCUCCACGUGAACGGCAAGCUCACCCUCGGCGAGAACAUUGCCGAUGCAGGAGGCGUAAGUGCGGCGUUCAAGGCCUGGAAGAUCAGGGAAAAGCAGAACCCACGACUUAAUCAGAUGUUGCCCGGUCUGCAGGGAAAGUUCACCAAAGAUCAGUUGUUUUUCGUAAGCUAUGCGAACUGGUGGUGCGGAAAGAGUAGAGAUGAAUUUGCGAGACAACGGAUCUAUACGGAUCCUCAUGCACCCAAGUGGGCAAGAAUUCUGGGGACGAUGGCCAACUCGAGAGAGUUCUUGAACGCAUUUGGGUGUAAAAAAGAGCCCGUUUGCGAGUUGUGGUAAUGACCAGGACCCAGAUUAGUAGGUUCGGAGGGACGAUUAUCAAUCGCCGGAUAUUGCACACCUUUCCGAAAGGUUUUCUAAAUCUUCGUCAAGAACUACCGUUCACUAAAGACGUUCUCCAAGCGUUGUCCGUUCUUUUUCGCCAAUCAAAUUCGUGAGACAAGUCUCGAUAAUUUCCUGCCGGUU